AUUCUCCUUACUAGCAUUUUGCUUUUCCAUCUUGAAAUUGAAAUAUAUUUUUUGAGAAGUUAGUUGUUUUUGGUGCGGGUCUAAAAUGGCUGGUCGAGGUAAGACUCUCGGAUCAGGGGCGUCAAAGAAGGCGACAUCAAGGAGUAGCAAGGCCGGCCUUCAGUUCCCGGUGGGUCGUAUCGCUCGGUUCCUUAAGGCUGGGAAAUAUGCUGAACGUGUCGGAGCUGGAGCUCCGGUUUAUCUCGCCGCUGUUCUUGAAUACCUUGCGGCUGAGGUUCUCGAGCUUGCUGGAAAUGCAGCCAGGGACAACAAGAAAACCCGAAUCGUGCCUCGCCAUAUACAGCUCGCUGUUAGGAACGAUGAGGAGUUGAGCAAACUACUCGGAGACGUAACGAUUGCCAAUGGAGGUGUGAUGCCCAACAUACACAAUCUCCUGCUCCCCAAGAAAGCUGGAAGCUCCUCCAAGGCAGCCGGCGGUGACGACGACUAAACCCAGAUCGAUUACUUUAGAUUCUGAAACCUGUAUCCUCUUUCGCCACGGUUUGAUGUGAUUCCUUAAUGGAACAGUUAUUGAAUUUUAGCUUUGAUUGUUGUCAAUAGUUUCUUGAAGAGGAGGAAGAAGAA